AUGGCCGUUUCACCCGUAGAGAUUCUCAGUCUUACUCAACUACAUGCUGUCUCCCUUGCAACCAUAGCCCAAUCAGAUCCAAAUGAUUGCAACUUCGAAAUGACGACAACCACCGCAUCCUCCAUCAUGCUCUGUCAGAACCAGGAAGGUAGUAUGGACUGUAUAAACUGUCUCCAGGGGGUUUGCUUCAGCAAUACGGCAGCAUUGGAGACCGACCCGACGAAUAUCCCUAUCUAUCAUGACGAACAAGAAGCAGAUGGUGAUGAAGGAGAUGAUGAUGAUGAUGACACCGCACAACAAAAUAUGGAAUCCCGACCAUCGCAGCAGAUAUUCCUCUCAAACCUGACAUGUUAUUUUCCUAAACUGCGGCAUGUCUUCAUCGGAUGGCGGCGACCUGCCCUACGAAAACUGCUGGUGGCGUAA